AUGGACAGAGCGGCGCUUCUGGGACUGUCGCGCCUGUGCGCGCUGUGGGCAGCCCUGCUCGCGCUGUUCCCCUGCGGAGCCCAGGGAAAUUGGAUGUGGUUGGGCAUCGCCUCCUUUGGGGUUCCGGAGAAGCUGGGCUGCGCCAACUUGCCGCUGAACAGCCGCCAGAAGGAGCUGUGCAAGAGGAAACCGUACCUGCUGCCGAGCAUCGGAGAGGGCGCGCGGCUGGGCAUUCAGGAGUGCAGGAGCCAGUUCAGGCACGAGAGGUGGAACUGCCUGGUCACCGCCGCCCCGCCGGGCACCAGCCCCCUUUUUGGUUACGAGCUGAGCAGCGGCACCAAGGAAACAGCGUUUAUUUAUGCUGUGAUGGCUGCAGGCCUGGUGCAUUCUGUGACCAGGUCCUGCAGUGCAGGCAACAUGACCGAGUGCUCCUGCGACACCAGCUUGCAGAGUGGCGGCUCCGCCAGCGAAGGCUGGCACUGGGGGGGCUGCUCGGAUGAUGUCCAGUAUGGCAUGUGGUUCAGCAGGAAGUUCCUAGAUUUCCCCGUCAGAAACAGCACAGGAAAAGAAAGCAAAGUACUGUUAGCAAUGAAUCUACACAACAACGAAGCUGGAAGGCAGGCUGUCGCCAAGUUGAUGUCGGUAGACUGCCGCUGUCACGGAGUUUCCGGCUCGUGCGCUGUGAAAACGUGCUGGAAAACCAUGUCUUCUUUCGAGAAGAUUGGCCACUUGUUGAAGGAUAAAUAUGAAAACAGUGUCCAAAUUUCAGACAAAAUAAAGAGGAAAAUGCGCAGGAGAGACAAAGAUCAGAGGAAAAUACCGAUUCGCAAGGAUGAUCUGCUCUACGUUAACAAGUCUCCCAAUUACUGUGUCGAGGAUAAGAAACUAGGGAUCCCGGGGACUCAAGGCAGAGAAUGCAACCGCACGUCAGAGGGCGCGGACGGCUGCAACCUCCUUUGCUGUGGCCGAGGCUACAACACCCACGUGGUCAGGCACGUGGAGAGGUGCGAGUGCAAGUUUAUCUGGUGCUGCUACGUUCGCUGCAGGAGGUGUGAAAGCAUGACUGACGUCCACACUUGCAAGUAG